GGGCAGUGGCAAGUGGCUCUUGUGCGCCUGCGCGGGACGUCCUGCCGUGCCCUAUGGACUGCGGGGAGCGCGUAGUGAGCGCCGUGAGAGAACUGGAGUUUGAGGACGCGGUUUCUGGUUGUCCCUCGAGUGUCUUUCGCCUAACGUCGUUGCAGCCUUGGCACGGGCCAUGGCGUCCGGCCCGGCCGUGCUCAUGCGCCUGGUGGCCUCGGCCUGCUCCAUCGCGCAGAAGGCAGGCACGAUCGUCAGGCGCGUGAUCGCCGAGGGAGACCUAGGCAUCGUGCAGAAGACCUGUGCUACGGACCUGCAGACCAAGGCCGACCGGCUGGUGCAGAUGAGCAUCUGCUCUUCCCUGGUGCGGAAAUUCCCCAAGCUGACCAUCAUAGGAGAGGAGGACCUGCCCCCGGAGGAUGUAGACCAGGAGCUCAUCGAAGACGGCCAGUGGGAGGAGGUCCUGCAGAAGGCAUGCCCUACGCAGUACCUCGCCGUUAAAGAGGAGGACCUUGUGGUCUGGGUUGACCCUCUGGACGGCACCAAGGAGUACACUGAAGGUCUCCUCGACAACGUGACUGUUCUCAUUGGAAUCGCCUAUGAAGGGAAGGCCAUAGCAGGCAUUAUUAACCAGCCCUAUUACAACUACCAGGCAGGACCCAACGCGGAGCUGGGGCGGACCAUCUGGGGUGUCCUGGGCUUGGGCGCCUUCGGGUUCCAGCUGCAGGAGGCACCCGCCGGGAAGCACAUUGUCACCACCACCCGCUCACACGGCAGCAAGCUGGUGUCUGACUGCGUGAGCGCCAUGGAGCCGGAUGCCGUGCUGCGCGUGGGCGGUGCGGGGAACAAGAUCAUUCAGCUGAUCGAAGGCAAGGCCUCUGCCUAUGUGUUUGCAAGCCCAGGAUGUAAGAAGUGGGACACUUGUGCGCCGGAAGUCAUCUUACACGCGGUGGGAGGGAAGCUGACUGACAUCCACGGCAACGCGCUGCGGUACAGCAAGGAUGUGAAGCACAUGAAUUCCGCCGGGGUCCUGGCCGUGCUGAGGAACUAUGACUACUACGCGAGCCGUGUCCCGGAGUCCGUCAAGAAGGCGCUGGUUCCUUAGAAGGAAGUUCAUCUUCCUCCAGGGGGGCUUGGUUGGCAAAACAGCACACUUUAAAUCUGAUUGGAUGGAAUUAUUUAUUGUUGAUCAGUAAUUUAUAUUAGUUACUUAGGAAGAGAAACAGCAUUAAAGAAAUUGCCUUUAUUGGAAUCUGACACUCUCAUGCCUUAGGCGUGUAAUAAAUUUUGUAUGCUCCUUUUCCUGUUUAAAAAA